AUGAGCUCCUCCUCCAAGACUAGAACUCACCUCACCCAGCAGCAGAAGCUGCGUCUGAUCAAGAAGGCUGAGAGCUCCCCCGCUGUCAAGUAUGAAGACCUGGCCCUUUGGGCCAAAGUCGAGUUCGGUCUGCAAAGGCCCCCUGGGAAAGCCACCAUCGGCCGCAUCAUCUCGGGGCGUAUCGCGAUGAUGCAUACAGUCGACUUACUAACUGCCAUGAAGUGGUGCGAGUCUGCGUGGGAUAAUGUGUCAGCUUCUACGAUUCAGAAGUGCUGGUUGCACUCCACGCUCAUUAGUAAAAGCAGUGUGUCAUUUAUUCUUAACUAA